GCUUCACUUCCUCCCCCCCGCAGGGCUGGGCCGGACGCGGGGGGCGGGGCGGGGCGGGCCGGACGCGGGGGGCGGGGCUAGGCGCAUCCGCAGCGUGGGGCGCUGGGACCCGCCGCGGAGCGCCCGGAGGGGGCGAAGGAUCCUGCGCGGCUCGGAUCGGGCCCCCCGCGCAGCCCCGGGAUGAGCGCGCUGGGCAGGGCGCGCAAGGAGCGCUGGCCGCAGGCUGAAUAUGAGGCGCAGGCGAAAGAGUUGCGUGGCCAGCUGGGCGAGCAGCAGCGGGGACGGGAGGCCCAGGCCGAGGUCCGGCUGCAGCUGCUCCAGGACAUGGGCGACUUCCUGCGGCGAAAGGCCGAGCUGGAGCAGGAAUAUUCCCGCGGGCUGGAGAAGCUGUCGGAGAGAUUCACCGCCCGGCUGCGCGGGGCCAAGGAGCACCCCAGGAGGGAGCAGGACCCGCCGUCCCCGCUGCGGUGCUGGCAGCUGGUGCUGAAUCUGACCCGCCAGGCCGGCCGGGACCACGGGGCCCUGAGCGAUAUUUACGCAGGGCCCCUGACGCUGCACCUGACCCAGCUCAGCGACGACCUGGGGCGCCUGGUCAAGAAGAGCCGAGACCUGGAGCAGCAGAUGCAGGACGAGCUGCUGACGAUGAUUUCUGAGCUGCAGAUGGCUAUGAAAAGCUACCAGACGCACCACGCGGAGAGCCAGAGCGCGGAGAACAAGCUGCGGGACGCCGAGCGGCAGGAGGAGAAGAGGGGGGGCCGGCAGCCCCCCGAGCCGGGGGGAGCCGGGCAGGACAAGAUGGCCCGACGCGCCUCCCUCCGCAAGGGGGAGCGGCUGGUGGAGAAGCGCCAGGCCCGGUUCCUGGCAGCGCAGUCGAAGUGCACAGCGGCGCGGAACGAUUAUCUCCUGCACCUGGGAGCCACCAACGCCGUCGUCAGCAACUACUACCUGCGGGACGUCUCCGACAUCCUCGACUGCUCGGACCUUGGGUUCCAUCUGUCCCUGGGCCGCCUGCUGCGGACGUACCUGGUGGCCGAGGGCCGGGCCCAGAGCUCCUGGCAGGAGGGGCUGGGGGCGCUGGAGGGGGCCGUGCUCGCCCUGGACCCCCCCGGGGACAAGGCCCGGCUGAUGGAGGCCAACCCGGCCGCGUACUGCCCCCCCCCGCGCUUCGAGUACCACCCCCAUGAGGGCGACGAGGUGACGGAGGUCCAGGCCGUGGGGUCCCUGCGCCCGGAGCUGCUGCUGCAGUGGCAGGACAUCGAGUUGCGGCUGAAGGACCUGAGCCUGGAGACCGAGGAGGUGAACAAGACGCUGCAGGCGACGCUGAGCAGCUUCCGGGAGCUGCUGGGGGCCGAGGAGCCCGAGGAGCCGGAGGCCUUCGGGGGCCUGGGCUCGUCCGAGUCGCUGCGGGGGGCCGGCGCCGAGGGGCGCGGCGGGGCCAGGAGACGGGCCCAGCACCUGGAGACAGAGACCUUCUACCUCACGAAGCUGGAGCUGUUCCUGACCCGCCGGAGCAUCGGGGCGAAGUUACAGUCGAAGCUGGAGACGCUGGGCGAGGCCAUCGCGAAGGCAGCCGCUGAGGACGGCGAGGAGCUCAGGGCCCUUCCGCGCGCCCCCCACCCCCGCCUCCGAGCCGCAUGCGCCUCCUUCCCCACAGACCUGGAGGACUUUGUGCAGAAAUCUGGCCAGGCCGUCCCGCUGGUGGUGGAGAGCUGCGUCCGCUUCCUCAGCCUGCACGGUCUCCAGCACGAGGGGAUCUUCCGGGUGCCGGGCUCGCAGAUGCGGGUGACUGAAAUCCGGGAGGCCUUCGAGAGAGGUGAGGACCCGCUGGCGGGCGGCUCCUACCCCCGGGACCUGGACUCGGUCGCCGGGGUCCUGAAGUUGUUUUUUCGGGGGCUGCAGAAGCCCCUGAUUCCGCCGGACGUUUUCCCGGAGCUGCUGGUCACGGCCCAGCUGGAGUCCCCGUCCGAGCGCAUCUCCCACCUCCGCGCCCUCCUGGCCCGGCUCCCGGGGCCCGUGGUCGUCGUCCUGCGAUAUCUCUUCGGCUUCCUCAACCACGUGUCCCAGCACAGCGAGGAGAACAUGAUGACCCCCUACAAUCUGGCCGUCUGCUUCGGGCCCACGCUGGCGGCCGCCCCCCCCGGCCUGGACCCCGUCUCCACCCAGCCCCACGCCAACGAGGCCGUCAAGUGCCUGAUCCUGCACCCCGAGGCCGCCUUCCCGCCCCCCGGCCCGCUGCCCGGCCCCCUCUACGAGAGCCGCGCGGCGCCGCCCGACGAGGACGGCGAGACGCUGCCCCUGGACCCCGCGGCUGAGGAGAGCGAGGGGGACGGGCCCCCCGAGACGUCGGCCACGCCCAGCGAGGAUGACCCCGAGGCCCCCCCCGAGGCUGUGGCACGUUUCUCCUACGAGGGGCGCUCGGCCCAGGAGCUCUCGUUCCAGCCGGGCGACCGGAUCCGGCUGCUGGCCAAGGCCUCCCCAGACUGGUGGCGCGGGGAGCUGGGGGGGGCCCGCGGCCUGGUGCCCCACAAGUACAUCAGCCUGAUCCCCAGCGCCGAGAAAAGCCGGAGUCGCCGAACCUCGGGGUCGGACGGAGACGCUGCGUCCCCCCCAGCUGAGCCGACACCAGAGUCAAUCAGCAGGCUGCGGGUGAACUCGGAGGGCAGCCGGGGGCGCCAGCGACCCGGGACCAGCCCCAUUCGCAAACUGGCUUCUCCCUUCAUCGACUCGGGGCGUCUGCCCUUCCCCCUUCAGCUCCCCAGUGCCCCCCGGGCUGUCGACAGGACGGAGCGGGGGGCUCUGGGGGUUGGAGCCCCCGGCGGUCACCCGAAUAGUGGAGAGAAACACGGGGCCCCGGAGAAGCACGUGGAGAUGGACAAGGCCGUGACGCGGAACAUGGACUCCGUGUUCAAGGAGCUGCUCAGCAAAAGCGGGGGAAAGCGGGGGGGGGCGACGCUGUCCCCGAGCCCCCUGAGGCCCUAGAGCCCCCAGACCCGCCCUGGCCCCCCAAAACCUGCCUUCGGUCUGCGCAACAAAGGGCUCUUCAAAGCCGCCGGGAGCAGCCCCCAGCGCCUCGUGCCCAUGGGGCUCCCUGCCCCCCGCUUUGAGCACAGCUUUGUACCCGGGGGAGGGGGAAGCUGCUGUCUGUUGGGGGCCCCCCACCCCAAAUAAUGUUUGCUUAAAUUCUCUGUGUGUCUGUUAGAGCCCGGACGCCUGGGUUGUCUCCCCGGCUCCGGGAGGGGAGUGGCGGGGCUGGGAGCCCGGACUCCUGGGUUCUAUCUCCCCCAUUCCUAGGCAGCCCCCCAGGGUUUGAGGGCCCCACCUGUUGAUAACAUGAUCCCAGCCCCCCCCCCGGCGAUGAACGCAGUAAAGGGGCCACUCCCAAGG